UCCUCCUGUGGCGUGCCUAUCCGGGGGUGUGCGAGGAUGGCACUUCGAAUAUCCGAGCACUUCCCGAUGUACGUACAAUCCCACGCGGAUCCCCGGAUUUUGACCUGGAGCAUCGAUUGCUUGGGGUCACCCUCCAUCGGGAGGCUGUGGGAGACCUCUCUACUCACGAUGGAUGGACCGUUCCCAGACGGCCGGCACGAGGGGCCGUUCUAGGUACAGGGAACCGCUGGCCCAGCUGAUGCGUCACGAGAUUCGCGGCGAGGAAUGUUAGCUGAGCAAGCAUCCAAACGCCUGGUUCUCUCGCCUGGAACUUGUGGCCCUCACCCGUCCCGAUCUCGUACAGGUACCGUAUGCAUCGUACAUAGUACGCGACCAGGACUUAGCUGUGACUCCCAGCGCGGCGGGACUCCCCAACUUUUUCUCGAGGUCACAUGCGUGCUAACCCUCGUUGUCGUGCCACAUGCGGACGAAACGGCCAAUUUUGUCAAGGGAAAGGACAGGAAUACCACCGAGCUGGCAAUUAUUGGUGGCUGGAAUGCGCGACGAGAAGGGCAAGACAAGGGGGUGGCAUGGGUGUGGAUCGUAUGGGGUGGGAAGUGCUGGCGAGGAGGGGGAUUCCAAGAUUGCCAUUUGGGCCAACGAUGCCCCGAGAUUGGGGGGGGGGGUCAUUCCCUGCACGCAAACAAUAAAACCGGACUGAUCCGAGUUGACGAUCGGCGGGCGGUCAGAAGACGACUCGCUGGCCAGUGGAGGAGGCUGGGGAAGCGCCCAAUUCUGCCUGGAGACGCAACCGUACCCUGGACCCGUCCCAGGCAAAAGCGUCGCGAAUCCCGGGGUAGGAGAAUCGAGAACACAGAAUCGAAUCGGAUCCAAUGCGGAGGGACGAACAAGUCUCACGCCAUCGCGGUGUCUCAACCGCACCCACGGCGACCAUUCUGCAGCUGGGAUGUCUCAUCCCGUGCUCGAUAGCGAGGCCGCCCCCAAGAAGAGAGCGAGCGAGAGAGAGAGAGAGAGAGAGAGACAGAGAGAGAUGCAAAAUCGCACGGCGGAUCGAUCGAGCUCGGCGUUGCGCGACGAGGGCAGACAAGCCUGGGUAGCUCCGGUACUCAUCUGCACACAGUGGGAUGAUGUCAGCGGCCUGUCUCAAGGACAGUCGCCCUAGCCACCUCGCGCUCCUUGCUCCU